AUUAUUACUUUGUUGUGCUAGCCAGUAGCAACAAUAACCUUUCAUUGUGUAGGCUUGAUGGGCUAGGCCAGUGGUCUUAUCAUCAUCAUCGCCAUCAUUCAACUCUUUGCGAUUUAUUGUUUCGACAGGAGGAGCAAUGUUUGUAUGCUUCAGAUAAUAAAGGAAGAGUUGAUAUAUUCAUAAUAAUAAAGUGUGACAAUAAGGAAAAUGAUGGUGCUAGUAUCCAGGAUUUUCGCCUUAAUGUUGUAUCUUCAGUGCAGGUAAAGUUGAUAUAUUAUGCCUUCUUAGUUCUUUCUAUUUCUUGGGAAUUUUCAUGGGACAUAUUACUACCAUAUUAAAAGAGUAAUGAAUCACACAAACUAUAAGGGGGCGUUUGGUUCGCGGAAUAUAGGUAUGAGGUAUGGGUUUAGAAGGACUAAAACUCAUACCUUAUGUUUGGUUGUCAAAAAUAUGAUUUUCAAACCCAUGAGGUAUGGGGUUUAGAAACCUUGGGGGGGAGGUGGGUUUGGCCCAUUCCAUUCCCCUAGGUAUCAAAUAUAAGGAGGGAAGAAUGAGGGAAACAGGAAAAUUACCGCCAAAGUCCAUCUUCUCUUAUGCUGCCAUAUUCAUCCUUCACCCUUGAGCUGUUGAGCAGCAAUAGUUCAGCCUUCAUCCAGGAUGGCUACAAAUGGUCAAAGUUCUCAAAGUGGAAGAGGUAAGAAUAAGCGCUUCUGGAAGAAAGAGGAGGAAGAGGCUUUGAUUGAUUGUUUGUUGGAGUUAAGUUGUGACCAACAAUGGAAAGGAGAAGGAGGGUUUAGGAAUGGCUACUUGAAUCAGUUGGAGCUUAUGCUGAACACUAAGUUCCCUGGAUGUGGUUUAAAAGCCAUUCCUCACAUUGAAUCAAAGUUCAAAUGGUUCAAAGAUAAGUAUGCAAUAGUUGCUGAAAUGGUUAACAAGACAUCCGGGUUUCAGUGGGAUAAGGAAACUAGUACAAUACAAUGUGAGAGACAAGCUUAUGAUGAUUUUUUCAAGACUCAUCCUAAAAAUGGAGGAUUAUGGAAGACUCCUUUUCCUUAUCUUAGCAAGCUAGAUGAUAUAUUUGGUGUUGAUAGAGCUAAUGGGCUUGCGGCUGAGCUGCCUGAGGACUCUAUCCAUAACCUUGAAAAGGACAUUGUUCACCUUGAUAAUGAUAGUGACAAUGAAGAGUUAUAUGAUACUCUUUCACCUGGUUUAGCUACAGAUUAUACUCAACCCCAACCUCCUCCUGCUAAGAGAAUGAAAAAGGAAAAGACUCCAAAGACUAAUGAGAAAAAAAGAGCUACUCGAUUUGAAAAUUUAUCAUCUAUUGACAAUAUGGCAGUUGGAUUCCCUGGUUAUAUGAAAGAUAUGAAUAAUCAUCUUGCUACUAUUGCGUCUGCCAUGAGUACAACACAAGAGCGUGAACAAGAGAUUGUUGAACAAAAGAGAAGGCUAUUAUCUGAGAUUGUUGAACAAAAGAGAAGGCUAUUAUCUGAGAUUGGAGGUUUGUCUAGAAUUACACAAGCUGAAGUUAUAAGAGCUGCUAGUUUGUUUUCAUCAAAUCCUAGCCAAAUGGAGAUUUUCUAUUCAAGUCCUAAUGAUGAAUGGAAAAAGGAGGUGGUGCUUGACCUUUUGAGUCGUAAUGCUUGAAAUAAUCUGCCUAUUUUCAUGACAAUUUGCCAAAUGUGAUGGUUUAUGAAUUUGUUUUCUUUGAAUAAAUAUGUUCACUUGGAAUUUUAAACAGGGUUUUUGAGUGUU